AAUACUUGUAUUUUAUUGUAGUGUAAUUUUAACUAUAAAAAAUAACAAUGGCUGCCAAAAGUAGUGCAUACUUGUUAUGCUGUUUUGUUAUAACGUCAAAUAUAAAAAUAAUAGAAUCAGCAGGUAACCACCAGAUAACUCCUAUACGAUUUUUUGUUCAAACUUGUUUUGAAGAGUAUGUAUGUACCGUAAAUGAUUUGAAAACAUUCAACAAACAUCCGAUAAGUAUUAAACCCGCUGAACAGAAAAUGUUGUCAACACGGGCUUGUAACAAUAUUAAUGAUUACCAAUUGAAAUUAAAAAGCCGGGAUAAAUUAGAAAAAAAAGCUCAAGACGUCAAAUGCAGUUUUUGUGUCAUUACAAAGUCAAAUAUAUUAAACAUGAAGAAUUUAAUUGAAAAUGUAAAAAGUGGAGAGCCUUUCAUUGAUAACGAGAAAACAGUAAAAGAUCUUAAAGAGGAAGUAGAAAUUAUAAUUCAUUUAUUACUGUUGGCAAAUAUUGAGACGGGCAAAUGGCUUUGGAGUUACUAUUUGAAAAUCAUUGCCAUCAGUCAAUACUAUGACAAUAAACCUUUUAUCCAUGAAAACCCGUUCGAAGACCACCAACUGCAAACCGAUGUUUCAGAUUUCAUCGAAAAUUGUGUGGCUGAAAAUUACCUUCCUCUGACUACAAUGGAAUCUGAUUUGGUUUCGAAAAAGCAGGGUGUAUACAAAGAUAUGUUCAGCGACCUUCGGGAUUCUGGAAUGUUUUCAGGUAUUUUAAACGGUCGUGUCGUUUUAGUCACGAUAACAUUUUUAUAUCUAAAACCAUUUUGGGACGACGGAAAUCAAUUAUUGUUCAGACAAAUAACUGGAGCCGAUGUCGAUUGGAGUAAGGCGAAACAACGACAUGAAGUCGAGGUGACUAUUACCAGGAAGUUUGUGGAAAACCGCACUUGGAUGUACAUACCGUACGGUCGCCUCGACCACCAACACUUAUUGGUCAAAAUUGUUGAUGCCAGAUUGUAUUGUUAUGUUUCGGUUGUACUGAAUAUUUAUGAAAAACAACUAUCCAUACUCGAAGGACACACGCUGACACGCAUCAAAGUUCUUGUAUGUCACGUUAUCCAAUACGCAUUGAAGGUAACGGCGUACAAAGAUGAUUUUCUUGUGGAUAUUUUAUCAGAAUUCAAGUUUGCAAAAAUAAACGACACCAACGAGAUAGAAGACGUUUCCGCAAGAGUGAAGGCAAAGGCCGACGAGAUUCUAAACGAUUUAAACAGUGUUAGCAAAAACAAUAUUGAUUGGCUCAGUUUCGUUAGUGUACACCAACUGUCUACUGACGAUUUGAUAAUGAGAAUCAUUAAGGAUUUCAAAGAUUAUUUACACGAAUUAAAACGUUUGUGCUUGCCGUUCGAGUAUAAAGUGUUUUUACAUUUCAUAGAUGUAAUUAAAUCGUCCGUUGCACAAUAUAUUUAAAUUUUAGGUU